GGCAGUGACGUUGUUGGGUGGAAGUGUCAGGCCUGUUCCGGGAGACGCGGCCCCUGGCGACCUAUUCAGAUUGUCGGGUGCUGGCACUCACGUACAGAGCCCAACGGACUUGGAGGAAGGGAAACGCUACUAGUCAGCCUUGGUACUAGGGGACAGUGUCUAUGGCAUUUGGUUACUGUAGUCAUGGGUCUGUACCCCAGCUAGCCAGGAAGCAUAGGGCAUAUUUAUAUGAACUGUGGUAGCCAGCAGCAAGCCGGUUAGUAUAGGAGGUAGCCUUCAAUAAAGUAGCCAGUGUGAGGUAACUAGUCACACACCAGCCCAAGCGUUAUCUUUGUCUAGGUUGGUAGGGUCAGUAGUGCGAUUACCCUGUCACUCUGGGGUUUGUAUACAAGUCUGCAGCUCUAGGGUCACUGCUUGAAGUAAUUGGAGGGUCUGGAGUAAUAUAGGUGGCCAUUAGAGGGUCUGGAUUAGGAGCUACUACGAAUUUCAGGAUUAGUCUUUGACUUAGUCUGGGGCUAAAGUGGGCAGAACUGGAUGUGUAGCCAGUAUAGCUUGCAGUUCAUGGGACCAGUAUUGGUUUAGGGGAUUGUGCAUUAGCCUUGUUGAUAGGGUUAGGGUCUGUAUUAGUUACAUUAUAAUUUAGGGGUCAAUAUAGAAGUUAGCCUGUAGUCCAGGGCGUUUACAUCAAUUCUGAACUGCUGAUCAGGCAGUAUUGUUAUUUAAUAGGACAGGGUCCUACUUAGCCUGUUGCACAGAGACUUUAUGACAGCCUGGAAUUAAUAAUAUUACUAAAGUGACAGUAGUUAUCCAUCCCUUUCCAGCCAUCAUGCGCUCCCUUCCUGCCACCCGUCUCCUGGCAAUUCUGUCUGGCAGCAGUAUCCUGGUGAAGUGCCUGUGGGGAGCAGUAUUAUUUCUAUACCUAAUUUCUUUGUGGGUAAACACACCGUAUGCCUUGGGUGUUACUCCUGGCCUGUUGUUGCCUCCCAAUUUGUGGCUGUGGACACUUGCCACACAUGGACUGGUUGAAGUUCACAUCUGGGAUGUUCUUUUAAACCUUCUCCUGACACUUGGGGCAGGACGGCGACUGGAGCCACUUUGGGGGGCACCUGAACUUCUUAUAUUUUAUGUGUUGGUGAAUGUUGCAGUGGGCAUCCUGAGUUCCCUCUGCUUCGUAGCGGCUUAUGCAGCAACAUCAGACUUGCAUUACCUGUUUCACUCCCACAUCCAUGGAUUUCCAGCUUUUGCUGGAGCUGUUCUAGUGGCCCACAAACAGACAGUUGGAGAUGGACAGGUGGAACCUCAACGAUGGGUGAGAGCAUUACCGCAGCUUGUGCUUCUGGGGUUGACAGUGCUGACUUUGAUAAGUCUUGCUCCAGUACGACUGAUAGUGGGAUACAGCCUGGGAAUGAUGUCAGGCUGGGUUUAUCUACGUUUCUACCAGCGCCACAGCAGAGGGAGAGGUGAUAUGUCUGAUCACUUCUCUUUUGCCAGCUUCUUCCCUGGCCCAGUACAGCCAGCCGCUGCUUUGCUAGCAAACCUGGUGCAUGCUGGGCUUGUGAAAGUGCGGUUAUGCCCGCGUGCCGUGAAGAGGUACGAUGUUGGAGCACCUUCAUCCAUUACAAUCAGCCUACCUGGUACUGACCCCCAAGACGCAGAAAGGAGAAGGCAGCUGGCACUUAAGGCAUUAAAUGAGCGUUUGAAGUGUGUAGAAGACCAGACCUCUUGGCCAAGUAUGGAGGAGGAGGAGGAUGAAGAUAGCGGUCGAGAAGAAAACUCUUUCAAUGAAGAGAGUAGUACAGAUAAGCCAGAACAAGACCUUGCCAAGGCACCACAACAAGAGGCCAUGCCCCAUGUGUAAUGGCUUACUAGGAACUAUCUUGUCAGUGACCAGCCUUGUGCUCACCUCCGCCCAUAUGGUGAGAGGUGACUGCAGAUGUGUUGUGAUGGGACUGGAAAAAUUGUCCCAAGUAAACACUAAGAAAAUAUACCCCACAGGGUCCCUCCAUGCUGCCAACUGCUUAUAUUAAUCUAUCUACACGGUGGGUCAGCUCAGAGUAGGGGUCACAGAAUUCCUGAGAGGACUUGGGGUAUCUGCGCCCUGCCCCGGCAAUCAACUCCUCUCACCGCAAGGGCUCCUUGGGCCAUCUUGUUGCAACGUCAACCCCAACGUCUCAAUUCCUUCAUCUACUGAAGCCAAAUGAUGAGAAUCCCAGUGAGAAUGAAAAGUGCAGGGAGGACUACACAAAAAACUUUCUUGAGCGGCUGUAUAUGUUCCGCUUCUCCCUGUUCUAAAUGAAGAGCCCACUCUGCGCCACCUAAUUUGGGGUGGAACUCAGGGCAUCCCUUUAUUUUUUAUUUUAUAGGGGGUAUUUUUUUUUUUUUUUCUUCACGUGAUUUCUUUUGUUGCUCUGCAUGGGGGGGGGAUGCAGCUGUGUAUUGGGAAGGAAGAGGGACAUUUUCAUUCUUUUUAUGGUAUAAAAGAAUAUUUUCUGACUAGCGAAAUGUUAUUGCUGAUUUUCUGUCUGGAUUAAAUCUUUUGGAGAUGAA